AUGUCCCUUGCAGGAGACUGGCGGGAGUUCCGCGCAAAACUAGUUGCCGACGAAGGCAACCCGGAGCUGGCGCUGGAGGAGACGUGGGCGCAUGCCACCGGCGCCGCCGAGGUGGGCGGCCUGCUGCUGGCCACCCUGGACGCCCCCAAGCUGCUGGGCGACGAGUACUGGCAGGCUGUGGUGUUCAUCAUCCGCCACGACGAGCAGGGCACCCUGGGCCUGAUCCUGAACCGACCCACCAGCCUGCACAUGGGGCGCGGCCGCGGCGGCCUGCCGCUGACGGUUGAGGGCAUGGAGAGCAUGCGGGAGGCCUUUGGCGCCAGCCCCCUCUACUGCGGCGGCUUCAAGGCGCAGCAGGCCAUCACGCUGUUGCACGGCCAGCGCCGCCUGGAGUCUUGCAUGGAGGUUGUGCCGGGCAUCUACAUCGGCGGCCAGAAUGCGGCGGUGGUGGAGGUGACGACGGGCGGGCUGUCGCAGAGCGACUUCCGCUUCUUUGCCGGCUGCUGCUCCUGGAAGCCCGGCGAGCUGGAACAGCAGAUCUCCCGAGGCGCUUGGCAGCCGGCGGCCUGCAGCCGCACGCUAGUGCUCAAGCAGUGCCUGAAGCUGCCCGUGCCGCUGUGGCGCGAGUGCAUGUGCCUGCUGGGCGGCGAGUGGGCCGAGGCGGCGCGGCGGCAGCGGCGCAUCGACGAGGGGUCAGACUCUGAGGAGGAGUGA